GCGUAUGUAUGCGUGUCUCCAGCUAGGCCAGAGAGUGAUGGCGGCGCCCGUCCUGAGAGUGUCCACCCCUCGGUGGGAAAGAAUAGCUAGGCUUCUUGUUUGCCUGUUAGGCAUACUGUUGUCUCUAUAUGCUUUUCACGUCGAGAGGGAAAAGGCUCGGGAUCCGAGUUACACGGCUAUGUGCGACGUCAGCAGCUCCAUCAGCUGUUCAAAAGUGUUCAGCUCAAGGUGGGGUCAAGGAUUUGGACUCCUGGGCUCAAUUUUUGGAAAUGACAGUGCACUGAACCAACCCAACAGUGUCUAUGGGAUUGUCUUUUAUGCCUUUCAGCUCCUACUAGGAAUGACUGUCAGUGCAAUGGCCGCCCUUAUUCUCAUGACGACAUCCAUCUUGUCGGUGGUGGGUUCGCUCUACCUGGGCUACAUCCUCUACUUUGUCCUAAAGGACUUCUGCAUCAUCUGCAUCACCACAUAUGCGCUGAACUUCAUUCUCUUUAUUCUCAACUACAAGCGACUGGUUUACUUGAAUGAGGCCUGGAAGCAGCAGCUCCAGGCCAAGCAGGACUAAGCUGUCGAGAACGGCAAGAAAAGAACGACAAACAAACGACACACAAAAAAAGAAAAGAAAUGUGACCUCUGAACUUUUGACUUGCCACCAGGAGACCUUGCUUCCAAACAAUGUUUAUUCUGCUGUGUGUUCAAAAAAAAUGAAGAAAUUUAACUUAAAUGUUGGGCCUGACAUCUCAAUGUUGAUUGCAAACAUGGAAGGAUUUGUAAGUGAAAGAUGAUUUUCUUUUAAUUUCUUUUACCUUGUUUAACAUUGUACUCACUUAAGGAGGGGGCUGGCUGUGUGUGUGUGCGUGUGUGAGCGCAUGUGUGUGAGUGUAUGUGUGUGUGUGUGUGUGCGUGCGCGUGUGUGUGCGUGCGUGUGUGUGAGAUAGCGGAAACACAACAACCCAAGCAAGCAGAGGCAGAGGGCCACAGUACAGAACGAUGGAGGACAGCUCUCUUUUGAACAAAGGAUCGCAGAAUGGAAGAAAAACGGGACAUUCAAAGGGGUUUACUUGAAAUGGUUAGAAAGGUCCUAUUACUGCACAGCACAUCUGCACUAAAAACAUGGAGCCGAAUAAUGGGAAAAAUUAGAAAAACACUCAUUAAGGUUAUCGUACAGUUUGCAGAUAAGGUUCAAUGGCAGGGUUGGGGGACAAAACGAUUAACAUUUAUACAGAAUAGUUUUUUUUCUUUUUCAUGUUUACACUUUGUCGUAGCUUUGUUUCUGAAGAGGACCACUAAAAAUAAACAUGGGACAAUGUGA